CUACCGCUGUAAGCAGCACUGUCGGCUUGGGUUGUUGUUUCCUAUCCGCCAUUUUCCAGUCGCCAUUGAAAGGUGAAAACUUCACUAAAUGUCGGUGAUGAUUUUAAGAUUUUGAGUGGUUUCUUUAAUAUUAGACCCGUUUUUAGUGUUGUGAAAUGAAAAUGAAGUGCCCUGGACUACCAUGACGCAUCAAAAUCACCAAACAAACGGUGCUAGCCUCGAGGAUUGCCACACAAACUUCUUCGCCUUGACGGAGCUGUAUGGCAUAAAAUGGCGUAAGCUGGUAUGGCAGCGGGAGUGCGGCGGGGGCGGGGGCAAAGGCGAGGAGGGCGCGGCGCCGUUAGGCGACCCCGUGAUCAGCAGCUACGCGCGUUGCCUCGCCGGAGACAUUCUGUGCGUGUGGCGGCGCGUGCCCUCGCAGCAGUCGCCCGACCUGUACGACAUGCCCGCCCCGCCGCCGCUCUCGCUGCGCGCCGCCAAGGAGCUCUGGAUCUUCUGGUACGGCGAGGAGCCCGACCUCAGCGGGCUAGUUGCGCCAGAGCUCAUUGCCAGCCAAGGCGACCACGGCUCAUGGGAAAGUGGACUCUCCUACGAGUGCCGAUCCCUGCUCUUCAAGGCAUUGCAUAACCUCAUCGAAAGAUGCUUGUUAUCGCGGGACUUUGUGAGACUGGGAAAGUGGUUUGUCCAACCUUACGAUGGCGACGAAGAAGACGUCGGGAAAAGUCCGUGGCACCUGUCGUUCUCGUUCGCGUUCUUCCUGCACGGCGAGAGCACGGUGUGCGCGUCGGUGGACGUGCGCCAGCACCCGCCCGUGCGCACGCUCACCACCAAGCGGCUGGCUCGUCUCGCGCGUCUCGCCGCAGACGACGCGCCACGCGACACACGCGACGCACGCCCCGACGCAGCACAACACGCCAACGUGAUCCUGGCGCCGUUCGGUCUGGAGGGUCGCGUGACGGGCCGCGAGUGGAGCGACGGCGACGCGGCCACGGCUCGUCUGCUAGACGCCUGGCGACAGCUCUACCCACUGGAGCACGGCUGCGGCGCUGUAGAGGUGGAGUGCGGCGGCGUGCGCAUGCGUUACCCGCUGCCGUACGCGCUGCUGACGGAGAUGGAGACGCCGGCCGCAGCGCCGCCGCCCGCCGCUGCCGCCCUGGCCGGCCGCACACUGCGCGCACUCACCACACCCCACCCCCACCAGACGGCGGAGUUGUGUUACGGCGAGGCGGUGGGCGACAAGAGCGAGGACUUUGCUGACCCCACGCGCAAAACGCCCUGCUCCUGCGCAAAGUCGGGCGGUGCCGCGGGGGCGUGCUCGCCGGGCAGCUGCGGCGGCGCCUCGCCCGCGCCCGCAGUCUCCGCGCCCUCCUCCGCCGGCGCCCCGCCCCCCUCCCCACAUCUCACCGCGCUGACCACGCACCAGACGGGCGGCGCAGUGCCGACUACGCUGCACACGCCGGCGCCCACGCCUGACCCGCACGCGCCGCCCACGCCCGCGCCUCCCUCCGCGCCGCCCCACAAGACCUACACGCAGGGCGACUCUCCGGGGUUCGCGGGGUGCGGUAGCGUGGCCGGGGGUGGGGGUGGGGGUGGCUCUGUGGGCGGGGCGGUGGGCGCGGCGCCGGAGCUGCUGCGCCGGCCCGCGCUGCCUCCCGCCGAGCAGCGCCUGGACCCCCUCGAGGAUGAGCACUCGCUGCACAUGCUCUACGACUACACCACCGUGCACGCAUGGCUGGAGCAUCCAGUGAAGCGGUUCAAGACGGAUACGAGGGAGUGGAGCGAGGAACUGGCGCUGGGCGCGCGCGGCGGUGACCUGUACGCCGGCCACGCCCACACCCCGCCUCCAGCGCCGCACCCAACGCGCCCACAGCGCCCAGCGCGCGCCCACCACACCCCGCUCGCGCCCCUCGCCGCAGACGUCAAACAAGAGCGCCUCGACGAAGACAGCAAGGAGUACAAGAACCUGUUCACGUCGGACGGCCUGUGCCCCACGCUCAAGGACCUCGACCAGAUCUUCGACAACUCGGACGACGCGGCCAGCGGUGAUGAAACGGUAAGACUUGCGUUGGCGGGCGGGGCGGGUGAGGCGGGGCGGUGCGACGAGGCGCGCUGCGGCGGGCGCUGCGUGCGCGCUGAGGAGCUCAGCAAGAUGUUCCCCACGCCGCCCAGCAUGGAGGCGCACGCGCAGCCCUCGCCCGGCUUUUCUCUGCCCGAGGAGGCCACGCCGCAGCCGCACCGGCAUCUGCUGCCCAGCUCGCCGCCGCCCGAUCCCAUUGAGGACUGGUCGUACGUAUUCAAGCCGCCGACUGUGUGCAAGUACGUGGGCUCGUCCAAGUACGCGCCGCUGGUGGCGCUGCCCAGCCAGCUGCUGCCCAGCGUGGCGCUGCCGCCGCACGCAGUGUACCGCCCGCGCUGGCAGCAAGACUCCAAGCGCGACCCCGACACAGACACCGACACCGACACCAAGCGCAACGGUACGAAAAAUAGUACAAACAAUACCAAUAGCAGUAGUAGCGGCGGCGUGAAGAGGUCGGCGUCGCCGGGCACGGAGCAGAGCGGGGCGGGCGCGAAGAGUGGCGCUGCGCCGGGCGCGCUGGCGCGGGCGGGCGCGGAGGCGGGCGCGGGGCGCGGUGCGGCGGCCGGCUCCCCGCGCCGCAGCCCGCUGGCCCCGCCGUCUGCACCAGCAGCGCCGCCCGCCGCCGCCGCCGCCGCUGCCGCCGCCGCCUGUCCGCUGCUGCUCAACGUGCUGCUGGCAGACACCGUGCUCAACGUCUUCCGCGAUCACAACUUCGACAGCUGCACGCUCUGCGUCUGCGACAUCGACGACACCUCUCAAGUGGGCAACAUCCGCGGGGCGGACGUGGGCACUUACCUGUCGCACGGCGAGGCGGCGGCGGGCGAGCUGGACGCCGGCCGCUGCGACUGCGGCUUCAGCGCCAUCGUCAACCGCCGCCUCGCGCACCGCGCUGGACUCUUCUAUGAGGAUGAGAUGGAGAUAACGGGUCUGGCGGAGGACCCGGGCGGGCGGGGCGGAGUGCGGGGCACACGGGGCGCCGCCGGGCUGGCGGAGGUGGCGGGCGUGCUGGCGGAGCAGUGCGCGGCUCCUCCCGGCGGGCCCGCCUCCGCGCUCUCCCGCGCCGCCGCUGACACCAAGCCCGCACACGACCACUUGCGCCUUAACCUUCUCGAAUACAGUGACGGAGGCGCGGCUGCGGCGAGCGCGUUGCGUGAGGCGGCCGCGGGCGGGCCAGUGGCGGGAGCGAGCGCGGGAGCGGGAGCGGGAGCGGGCGCGGGCGCGCAUUGCGCCGUACAUCGCUGGCCAUUUAUCGGCGCGCGCGCCCCGCGCUCCUCCCGUGACGUCGUCAGAUUAAUGCGUCGACUUCGACCAUUGCUACAAGACGCCAUCCAGAAGCGGUGUUGUGGCGCCCGUAUGUGGGACGGCGUCACGGGGCCAUUGACGUGGCGACAGUUCCACCGGCUGGCGGGGCGCGGCAACGAGGACCUGUGUGAGCCGCAGCCAGUUCCGCCGCUGCUGGUCGGUCACGAUCGUGAUUGGAUCUCCCUGUCGCCCUAUGCCCUGCGCCACUGGGAGAGGCUGUCAUUAGAACCCUACUCGUACGCGCGCGACGUCGCCUACGUGGCUCUAGCACCGGACGGCGAGGCGCUCACCGAUCCGCUCCGAGCGUUCUUUCGCGAGCUUUCGACGUCAUACGAGGCGUGCCGGCUGGGCAGGCAUCAGCCGAUCGCGAGGAUAGCGCGGGACGGCAUCGUGCGGACGGCGGCGGGCGAGCGCUCCGACACCGACGAGUGGGCCGGCGAGCUGCCGCCGGGCCGCCUCGGCGAGUACAUCAGGGCGUAUGCGGACACGCUGCGGGAGCUCACCUCUCAACUAUCGUCAAUGAACAUAGAGCGCGUGCUCUUCGAGGCGGAGAAGGGAAACAACAUGCGGCCGCCGGCGGCGCCCGAGCAACCCGGCACGCCCGGGGAGCCGGGAGAGGGCGGCGAGGUGCCGGCCGGCGGCAGCGCCAGUGCGCCCGUGUGGGAGGAGGACGAGGCGGGCCCGCCGGCGCUCGUGUUGUACCUCGUGGAGCCGCCAGCCGCGCACGCGCACCGAGCGCACGCCCUACAUGCCUUGUUGAGGCUCGCCGCACAGGCACAUCACCAUCUGCAUCAUCACAAUCCUUAUAUAAAGAUUAUAUCGCUGGAGGGCGUGUACGAAUGUUGGGCGGGGCGGGGCGCGUGGGGCGCGGGGCGGGGCGGCGGCGCGGAGCUGCGCACGCUGGCGUUCAGCGUGUUCAGCGGCGCUCGCCGGCUGCUGCAGCACCAACCCAACGGAAAGUCGCUCACCGGCUUCGGCACCGCCGCCAACGCAAACCUCUUCCUCAAUAACAAAGAUGAGAAGAACCGCGCGGCAUACCGGCUGUUCACUCCGGCGUGGGUGCUGGCACCGCCGCGUGCGCUGCGCGAGGUGGCGGAGACGUGGGGCACGGCGUGCGGCGAGCAGUGCUCCGUACUGUUCGUGGCGUACUGCCUGUCGCACGACCAGCGCUGGCUGCUGGCCGCCGCCACUGACGCGCGCGGCGAGCUGCUCGACACCGCCGCCAUCAACAUACACGUACCCGCCAGGUCGCGGCGGCGGCGGUCGGCGCCCGCACGGCGACUAGGCCUCACCAAGCUGAUGGACUUCACGCUGGGCGUGAUGUCGCAGGCCGCGCAGCCCUGGCGGCUCGUCGUCGGCCGCGUCGGGCGCAUCGGUCAUGGCGAACUGAAAGGUUGGAGCUACCUGCUGUCGCGCAAGAACCUGGUGCGCGCGUCGAGCGUGCUGCGCGAGAUCUGCGGCAGCUGCGCGGCGCUGUACCCGGGCGGAGCGCCCUGCGUGCUGUCCGCCUGCCUCGUGUCCACGGAGCCCGACCCCUGCCUGCGCCUCAUGGCGGACCGCUUCACGCCCGACGAGCGCUUCUCGCAGGCCUCCAUACAGUCACAUCUGCACACGCCGCGAGACGUCACCGCCACGCACAUACUCGUCUUCCCCACCUCUGCUAAAACACAGUCGAAUCAGAUGCCGUUCGAGCAGCCGAUGGCGAACGGCGAGGACAACGACAUCUUCAUGGACGUGGACAUGGGGGACGAGGACAUCGGCGAGGACAACAUGGCUGAUCUGAUCAUCAACGACAUGUUCACCAACAUGUGGGCUCAGAGCAGUCCGCGCGCCUCACCGCGUCGCCAUGACGAUGACGCCGCGGGCAGUCGCGAGGGCAGCCCAGCGCGUCGUGCGGCACUCGGCGCCCCCGGCUCCUAUCGCCAGGCAGACGACCAUCAGCCGGAGCAGGUGGGCACGAUCCUGCAGCAGCCGCUGGCGCUAGGCUACCUGGUGUCGACUGCACCGCUGGGCGCCAUGCCCGCCUGGUGGUGGGCGGGGUGCGCACAUCUGCGCGACUCCUGUCCCGCCUUCCUCAAGAACGCGCUGCACCUGCACUCCGGCAGCGCGCAGACCUCCGACGACUUCACCUCGCUGAUGCAGCGCCGCGAUAACAACUCGCAUCCUCUCGACUCGCAGACCACCACCGACGUCCUCAGGUAUGUGCUGGAGGGAUACAACGCGCUGUCAUGGCUGACGCUGGAUGGCAGUACACACGACCGCCUGUCCUGCUUACCGCUGCACGUCCAGGCGCUGAUGCAGCUCUAUCACACUGCCGCCGCGCUGGGCUAACGCCGCGCUGACAUCAUCAUUCCGCCACCAUAACGUCACCAUCACAUCACAUCACCACAGUUAUAUUAAGAUGUAACCUGUAGCUAGAUGAAUGAAAAGGUCCGCCUUGCAGUUCAUAUUUUUGUACGACUUCCCCAAUAAGAAAUUACCAUUGAAUUGGUUCCGCGAUAAUGUCUUCAAUUGUAGGAAAUUUGUAUAUUAUACUUGUUUGGAAAUAAUUAUUGUAUGUGGCACACUGAUGCUGUGCUGUCCUUUGUAGUGUUAUUUAUCAAAACUCUUGUACGGAAAAAAUUGUAAUUGACGUGACAAUUAAUAGAGACAGUGACGUAUUGUAUUGUAUUGUUACGAUGUGAGACGAGGGCGGGCAAUAUUUGUUUGUAAGUGCUAGGAUGAGAUGUGUCGGCGUAGUUACUAGUGAUAUAAGGUUACCAUGAGUUAGUACUAUAGGACAUCUGUAACAUCGACUUUUAAAGGAACAAAUCGUUUGUUUUGACUC